AUGGCGUGUGAAAACCAAAGUUCUCUGGCUGAGUUUGUCCUCUUGGGCAUUCCAUACCCUAAAGAGUUACACGCUCCAGUCUUCCUCUUCUUCCUGCUCAUCUAUUUGCUGACUAUCUCUGGGAACAGCCUGGUUAUCCUGGCUGUGGCAUCCAAGACACAGCUGCAGAAGCCAAUGUACUGGUUCCUCCGUCACUUAGCCAUCUUGGACAUCUCAAUGUCCUCCGUGAUCGUUCCCAAGAUGAUUGCUGGAUUGGUUGAAGGUGGCCAGAGCAUCUCCUUGAGUGGUUGCAGGCUCCAGCUCUUCUGCUACCACUUCCUGGGCUGCUCUGAAUUCUUCCUGUACACCGUGAUGGCCUAUGACCGUUUCCUGGCCAUCUGCAGACCACUCCAUUACAGCACCAUCAUGAAUCCCAGAGCAUGCUUCUGCCUUUCUCUGGGGGCAUGGUUUGGCGGCUGUCUCCACUCUAUCAUCGAAACCACCAUCACUUUCCGGUUGCCUUAUGGCCUGAACAACGAGAUUGGCUACAUCUUCUGUGACAUACCUGCCCUGUUGAAGCUGGCCUGUGCUGACACGACAUUCAACGAGGUGUUUACUUUGAUUGAUACUGGUUUGGUGGCCGUAAUGUGCAUCUUCCUGAUUCUGAUGACUUAUGCGUACAUUCUCUCCGCUGUUCUGAAGAUCCGCUCUGUCGAAGGGCGUCGACGGGCUUUCUCCACCUGUGCUGCCCACCUCGUUGUGGUGCUAAUCUGCUAUGUGCCUCUUGCUUUCAACUAUCUGCGCCCAGGGGCUCAGGAUCUCCUCAGUGGGGUGAUAGGUGUCUUCUACACCUCAGUGACCCCUCUCCUCAACCCUCUCAUCUAUACACUCAGAAACCAAGAGAUGAAAGAUGCCAUCUUUAGGCUGAAGGACAGGAAGCCAUAG